UCCCCACGCAAAUCUACGACGCGCACGACCAGCACCCCUCUCCUCCUCUCCCUGUGCCUUUCUCCCCAACGCCCCACUCCCCGAUCCAAACCACCUCAAACCCCCGCCAAGCCCCGCCCAGAUCCAGAUCCACCCGGCGCGGCGCGGCCGCGGCCACCGGAUCCCGCAGAGGAAUAAUGGCCUCCGCGGCCGCCGCGCCGCCGCCGACCCCGCCGGAGUGCGACCCGCGCCUCGUCGAGGUCUUCACACCCUUCCUCGAGAAGCUCAUCAAAAACGCCUCGUGGCGUAACAAGGCGCACUCCAAGCUCUCGCACACAGCCAAGUCCAUCCUCGACCGCCUCCAGAAGCCGCCGCCGCCGCCCGCCGCCGAGGCGCAGUCGCCGUCCACCCCGACCUCCGCCCCCUCCACACCGACCUCCUCGUCCGCGCAGCCUGGUCCGCUGCGUAGCCUGUCGCUCGCGGACUCGGAGCUGCUCCUCGCGCCUGUGACCUCCGCGCUCGGCUCGGGUAGCGCCAAGCUCGCCGAGGCUGCGCUCGAGCUCCUCCACAGGCUGAUCGCGCACUCGUACAUCCAUGGGGAGGCCGACCCAUCCGCUGACCCCUCGGCGCAGCUCGUCGCCUCGCUCCUCGACGCCGCCUGCAACGCGCUCGGCCUCGACGACGAGCACAUUGAGCUCCUCCUCCUCAAGACGCUCCUCUCGGCGGUCACCUCCACGUCCGUGCGCCUCCACGGGGAUUGCCUGCUACGUGCUGUGCGCGCGUGUUAUGAUAUGUACCUGGGGAGCCGCAGUGCUGUCAACCAGGCCACUGCCAAGGCGUCGCUCGUGCAGAUGCUGGUGAUCGUGUUCCGCCGCAUGGAGGCUGACUCGUCGACGGUGCCUGUGCAGCCCAUAGUCGUGGCUGACAUGAUUGAGCUGCCUGACGCUGGUCCUGGCUCCUCACCAACUGCCGACCCCAAUGUUGUACAGGGAUUCAUUUCGAAGAUCAUUGGGGACUUUGAUGGUGCACUCACACCUCUAGCACGGACAACUUCAUCAACAGGGGCAGGGGCAACUGUAGCCCAUGAUGGUGCGUUUGAGACGACAGCAGCAGCAGAGGAAGGGGCGAACCCAGCAGAUCUGCUUGAUUCAACAGAUAAAGACAUGCUUGAUGCCAAAUACUGGGAGAUCAGCAUGUAUAAAACAGCUAUUGAGGGUCGCAAGGAUGAGCUUGGUGUAGAGGGAGCGGUGGUGGGCACCUUGGAUGAUGAUGCUGAUGUGAGGAUUGGAAAUAAGCUGCGGAGGGAUGCUUUCUUAGUUUUCCGGGCUUUGUGUAAGCUUUCCAUGAAGACACCACCCAAGGAUGCUCCAGCAGAUCCCAUAGUGAUGAGGGGGAAGAUCCUUGCUCUUGAGCUUCUCAAGAUCUUACUUGAAAAUGCUGGUGCUGUGUUCCGGACCAGUGAGAGGUUUCUCGGUGCUAUCAAGCAGUAUCUAUGCCUAUCACUUUUGAAGAACUGUGCCUCAUCACAUUUGAUUGUUUUUCAGCUAUCUUGUUCUAUUUUUAUUAGCUUAGUGUCAAGAUUCAGACCAGGAUUAAAGGCAGAAAUUGGAGUUUUCUUUCCCAUGAUCAUUUUGAGAGUUUUGGAGAAUAUUGCACAGCCAAAUUAUCAGGCAAAGAUGAUUGUUCUUCGUUUUCUGGAGAAGCUCUGUGGUGAUUCUCAAAUUUUAGUUGACAUUUUCCUCAAUUACGAUUGUGAUGUACACUCAUCAAACAUAUUUGAGAGGAUGGUGAAUGGUCUCCUAAAGACAGCUCAAGGGCCUCCUGCUGGUGUCCCUACCACAUUGGUACCACCUCAGGAUACCACAAUGAAAAGCGAAGCAAUGAAAUGCUUAGUUGCUAUUCUCAGAUCCAUGGGGGAUUGGAUGAAUAAGCAGCUACGUAUUCCUGAUCCUGCUUCUCCUAUUGUAGAAUCAGAGAAAAAUGAUAACGAUGGUGGCAACGAGCUUCCCCAGACGGAUAAUAAUGGAGAUGAGUCUAGUGAAGCAUCCGAUUCACAUUCUGAACUAUCAAAUGGAAUUUCAGAGGCUGCAUCUUUGGAGCAACGUCGAGCUUACAAGAUGGAGCUUCAGGAGGGUAUCUCUUUGUUUAAUCGGAAGCCAAAGAAGGGAAUUGAGUUCCUAGUAAAAGCGAGCAAGGUUGGGGAGUCACCAGAGGAAAUAGCUGCUUUCCUAAAAAGUGCUUCUGGCUUGAACAAGACUAUGAUUGGUGAUUAUUUAGGGGAAAGGGAAGAUUUAUCACUCAAAGUCAUGCAUGCAUAUGUUGACUCGUUUGAGUUUCAAGGAAUGGAGUUUGACGAAGCGAUUAGAGCUUUCCUUCAAGGCUUCAGGUUGCCUGGAGAAGCUCAGAAGAUCGAUCGGAUUAUGGAAAAGUUUGCAGAGCGUUACUGCAAAUGUAACCCAAAGGCAUUUUCCAGUGCAGAUACAGCCUACGUCCUUGCUUAUUCAGUCAUAAUGCUUAACACUGAUGCACAUAACCCGAUGGUCAAAAACAAGAUGUCACCAGAAGAUUUCAUUAGGAACAAUCGCGGUAUUGAUGAUGGGAAAGAUUUGCCUGAAGAAUUUAUGAGAUCCUUGUAUGAAAGGAUUUGGAAAAAGGAGAUUAAGAUGAAAGAAGAUGAAUUUGAUCCCCAGCAGCAACAAUCAACAAGUUCUAACAAAAUUCUUGGGUUGGAUAACAUUCUCAACAUUGUUGUACGCAAGCGAGGUUCAUCUAUGGAGACAAGUGAUGACCUCAUUAAGCAUAUGCAGGAGCAAUUUAAAGAAAAGGCCCGCAUGUCCGAGUCAGUAUUUUAUCCAGCCACAGAUGUAGUUGUUUUGAAGUUCAUGGUUGAGGUUUGCUGGGCUCCUAUGCUUGCUGCCUUCAGUGUUCCACUGGACCAGAGUGAUGAUGAGAUUGUCAUAUCCCAGUGCCUUGAAGGGUUUCGCUCUGCAAUCCAUGUUACUGCAGCAAUGUCAAUGAAGACUCAAAGGGAUGCAUUUAUCACUUCACUUGCUAAGUUUACGUCACUUCACUCUGCUGCUGAUAUCAGGCAGAAAAAUGUUGAAGCCAUUAAGGCAAUUCUAUUAAUUGCAGAUGAAGAUGGAAAUUACUUGCAAGAAGCAUGGGAGCAUAUAUUGACUUGCGUUUCUCGUUUUGAAAAUCUUCAUCUUGUUGGAGAAGGAGCGCCUCCAGAUGCUACAUUUUUUGCACUGCAGCAGCCAGACCUUGAUAAAUCAAAACAGGCCAAGUCAUCAAUUCUUCCUGUUCUGAAAAAGAAGGCUCCUAAUGCUGCUUCAGCUUCUAAAAGGGGUUCCUAUGACAGUGCUGGUGUGGGUGGUAAAGCUUCUGGUGUCGACCAAAUGAAUAAUGAGGUGACAAGCCUCUUGGAGCAAGUUGGAAUUGCUGAAAUGAACCGUGUAUUUGUAAGAAGUCAAAAGCUCAACAGUGAGGGUAUAAUUGAUUUUGUAAAGGCUCUCUGCAAGGUUUCUAUGGAGGAAUUACAGUCUGCAUCUGAUCCACGAGUUUUUAGUCUGACUAAAAUAGUCGAGAUAGCGCAUUACAAUAUGAACCGCAUCAGGCUUGUCUGGUCAAGCAUAUGGCAUGUCUUGUCUGAUUUUUUUGUGACCAUUGGCUGCUCAGAAAAUCUUUCAAUUGCAAUAUUUGCUAUGGACUCCUUACGACAGUUGUCUAUGAAGUUCCUGGAGCGAGAAGAGCUGGCUAACUACAAUUUCCAAAAUGAAUUUAUGAAGCCUUUUGUUGUUGUAAUGAGGAAGAGCCGGGCUGUUGAGAUCAGAGAACUUAUCAUUAGGUGUGUCUCUCAAAUGGUAUUAGCGCGUGUUAAUCAUGUAAAGUCAGGGUGGAAGAGCAUGUUUAUGGUCUUUGCGACAGCUUCAUAUGAUGAUCACAAAAAUAUUGUACUUUUGGCCUUUGAAAUUAUAGAAAAGAUUUUGCGGGAGUACUUUCCGUACAUAACUGAGACUGAGUCGACGACUUUCAAUGAUUGUGUGAACUGUCUCAUCGCAUUUACUAACAGUAGGUUUAACAAAGAUAUAAGCCUUAAUGCAAUUGGCUUUCUUCGAUUCUGCGCGGCAAAGUUGGCCGAAGGUGAUAUUGGAUCCUCAAGGUUGAAGGACAAUCCCACUUCGAACAGUAACCCACCCUCACCUCAUUUGGCCAGUGAUGGAAAGCAGGAAGGCGCAGUUCUUGCUGACAAGGAUGACCACAUACACUUUUGGUUUCCUUUACUAGCAGGGUUGUCUGAACUUACCUUUGACUUAAGACCAGAAAUCAGAAAAAGUGCUUUGCAGGUGUUAUUUGACACAUUAAGAAAUCAUGGCCAUCUUUUCUCUUUGCCUUUAUGGGAGAAGGUGUUUGAUUCAGUGCUUUUCCCAAUAUUUGAUUAUGUACGUCAUGCUAUUGAUCCAUCCGGUAGUUCUCCACAAGGACAAAGUGUGGAAAACGAUCCUGCGGAACUUGAUCAAGAUGCUUGGCUGUACGAGACAUGCACUUUGGCACUUCAGCUAGUUGUAGAUCUCUUUGUUAGGUUCUAUAGCACAGUUAAUCCACUUCUAAAGAAGGUUCUCUCGCUCCUGACUAGUUUCAUAAAGCGUCCUCAUCAGAGUCUUGCUGGUAUAGGUAUUGCUGCAUUUGUCCGUUUAAUGAGCAGCGCUGGAUCUAUGUUUGUGGAUGAAAAAUGGCUAGAGGUCGUAUUGUCCUUGAAAGAAGCUGCCACCGAGACGCUUCCUGACUUCACUUAUAUUUCGUCUGGAGCUUACCUGCAAAAUGUACCAACAGAAAAUGGAGGCUCUUCUGAACAAAGGGAAGACGAAUCUCAACCAUUAGAGAAUGACAAUGAAGAAUCCGCUAGAUCAAGGAACCUAUAUUUUGCAAUUGGUGAUGCCAAGUGUCGAGCUGCUGUGCAACUCCUAUUGAUCCAGGCUGUGAUGGAGGUAUAUAACAUGUACAGAGCACAACUGUCUGCACAGAACACAGUUAUCCUCUUUGAGGCCUUGCACGCUGUUGCUACCCAUGCCCACAAAAUAAACAGUGAUAACGACCUGCGGUCCAAGUUGCAAGAGUUGGGCUCCAUGACCCAAAUGCAGGAUCCGCCAUUGUUGCGCCUUGAGAAUGAGUCUUACCAGCUGUGCCUUACUAUCCUCCAGAACAUAUUCCUGGACAGCGCCCCUAACCAUGGAAGCACAGAGGUGGUGGAGAGUCACCUUAUUGGCUUGUGCAAGGAGGUCCUUCAGGUAUACUUGACCACAGCGCGGCCUGCCCAGCUUUCCAGUGGCACCCAGCCACUGGGCCACUGGCUUAUCCCUGUCGGUUCAUCAAAGCGGAGAGAGCUCGCAGCCCGAGCACCCCUGGUUGUUGCAACCCUGCAAGCUAUCAGUGGUCUAGGUGACUCAUCUUUCGAGAAGAACCUUGGCCAGUUCUUCCCCCUCCUUGCUGGCCUCAUAAGCUGCGAGCAUGGCUCAAGCAAAGUGCAGGUGGCCUUGAGCGACAUGUUCAGCACUUGGGUUGGACCGCUCGUUCUUCAGUCAUGCUGAUGCUGAGCAGUGAGCACCAUGUGAUACAUAGUAGUAUACAUCCACAUGUAAGUUAUUCUUUGUUUCAGUGGAAUCCCAUUGUGUUCCUCCUCUCCCCCAUUUUGCUCUGUUCAUGAUUUAGUUGCUGGGGGCUAUAUUGUUGCGCCAAACUGAUCUUGCAGAUCAUUUUUUUUCUUUACGUUCUUUUCUUGUUCGCCUCGGGAGGAGUGUAUGUUGCUAUAGAGGACUGAAUUAUGUAUGGUAGUUUAGUUAAAAAUUGUGUCCAUCCUGUUCGCAAGGUACUGCAUCCCAUAGUUUCUGUAGACAUGUUUUCCAAGCCUUUUAUUGAAAAUACCACUUACCA